ACCGCAGGGCCUAAUCAUUCAACAUAAAACCCUUCCUUCGUCUUCGAUUCAGCGAUUUCCGAUCUUUCCGUCCUCGGUCUUCUUGAUUUUUCCUUCCUACCUCCACCUGCUAGCGCCGUCCGCCGUUCCUCAGGAAAAUCCUCUCACCUGAGUAUGGAGCAGCACCCCACUUGCGCCCAGCCACCGGCGCCGGCGCCCCUGGCUGGGCCCGUCGUCCCGGUGGACUUCAAGGUCGUCAAGAAGGGACCCGAGAUGGCGAUGCACGACGCGAUCGGCCGCCUCGCCUUCCGCGUCGCGGGCAGCGCCGGCGGGGCCACGGCGCUCCAGGAUGACGCUGGAGGUGUCCUGGUCACCGUCAGGAGCAGCGGCCAGGGUGAGUGGCAAGCAUUCAGUGGGAAUAGUUUGGAGGAGAGACACAUCAUUUUCACUGCAAAAGCUAUACCUGCUUCUUCAAGUCGAGAGGAGGUACAUGUGUUCAUCUCACCAAGAAGCACUGUUGAAGAUUCAAAACCAAGCUACAGACUCGUAGGAAGUGCAUUCCAAAGAGCGUGCACAGUAAUAAAGGGGGACUCCAUCGUUGCUCAGACAAAUCUCUUGUACAAACUCAAGCAGAAUAUCUAUUCACGGCGUAAAUUCAGAGUGACUAUUUACCCUGCAAAUGAUAACAUCCUUGUCAUGGCAAUGGUUGCUACAUUCUUUAUCAAAAAAUGACAGAUGAUAUGGAUGCCUGCUUUGGUUUCGAAACUUUGGUGGCUAACUCUGCUAAUAAAUCAUGUGCACUGUUCUCGUUAUGGAUGGUUUCUUUCAUUUUAAACUUUUUAUAUCACUCA